UGAGCACACAUAUCUGCACGUACUUGGGCAUAGAAGAAAGGUGAAAUGUGAAAAAUAAACGGUGUUCAGAAUGGUAGGGCAGCAGACGGCACGAGCCGCCCCUGAGCGACGAUGCGCGAUCGUGAUGCGCAAAGGUACUACGGCGUCAGGAGUCAGUCAACCCGGUGACGUCUGGCAGUGUGUGUCGUGUGGUGAAAUUGUCGCCUUGGUAUUCGAAGGGAAAUUGAAGGGAAAUAAGAAAUUGACACGUAUGGAGAAGUGAACGGGAGUGAAUCGCGUAAUCGUAAUAGUAAUUGGAAGGUGAAUCUGGUAGAGUGGCAUUAAAGGUGGAGUAGAAGGAGAUAGGGGAGUUGCGCUGGGGCGUCCCUUGCAAAUUGGAUCGGUGUGUCAUGUAGAGUGAGUAUUUUCACGAAGAUUUCCAUGCGAUGUACGUGCAAUCGAUGGGCGAAGGAUAAUCGCGUGAACGGAGGUGAUUCGAUUCGAAAAUGUAUCACGGAGGGUAAUAGUCGCAACGAACGAACGAAUCGAGAAGACGCCAUCGGAGGAGAAUUGCUAGAUAUUCUUACGAGCAAAUAGGGUCAGGCGUCAGAGUUUUUGCUCGCUUACCGCUAAACGAGAAUCGUGAUAAAACAGAGAGAGAGAGAGAGAGAGAGAGAGAGAGAGAGAGAGAGAGAGAGAGAGAGAGAGAGGGAGAGAGAGAGAGACGUAUGGAAGGCUAGGCGUGGAACGAGAGGCAAGUGAGAAAAAAGAAAUCGCAGCGUAGUAACGCGAACGAACCAGCGCGGAGGCUGGAAGAGAAAAGCGAUCGAAAAAGGAAGAAGAAGAAAAGGGAAAAAUAGAGAGAGAGAGAGAGGGAGAAAGAGAUCGUGCGGUGUAAUAAGAGGGAGUAAGAGAGAGAGAGGGUGGUCGACAAAGUCGAAGGAGGCGCGCGCGGCCUCUCUUCGGGAGACGAGAGAGACGAGUGGAGUCGAGGAUGGAGGACGAGCUGCGAUGUCCUUGUUGCAAGGAGCUGUUCGUGGAGCCGGUGCUGUUGCCCUGCUGGCACGCUCUUUGUCUGUCGUGCGCUGUUAAUCUGCAAGCACCGCCUGACUCGCCCCCAGAGUCGACGACCGAUUCGUCGAAUGCGCCGGGCUCCGAUCAGGAGGCUGAUAAGCUCUCGAUACUAUCUGAGACAGAUUCCGGAGUGGUGUGCAGCAGCACCUCGACGAGCUCGCGACCCGGAAGCUAUGUCGGCACACCCGGAAACGGAGGGUUUCCUCCGUCAGGCGGCACCUUGUGCCUCUCCUGUCCCGUUUGUCAGAAGACCGUUUAUUUCGACGAAGGCGGAGCUCACAAUUUGCCCAAGUACAGGGCGAUGCAGCAUAUCGUGGAGAAGUAUCUAGAGUCGAAGAACACGAGAUUGCAGUGUCAAAUGUGCGAGGGCGAACCACGAGAUGCUACCGUCGCUUGUGAGCAAUGCGAGGUGUUGUAUUGCGACGGAUGCAGAGAAUCGUGUCACCCGAAGAGGGGACCUUUGGCGACGCACAACCUGGGCCCGCCACGAGGCAGCUGGCAAUCGAACGGCGGAGGCAAAGGUUCCCGCGGCCCGGUCGGCGAAACUACGCCGCUCUGUGCCGAUCACAACGGUGAACCUUUAACCCUUUACUGCGCCCUUUGCAAGAUCGCGAUAUGCGCUCUGUGUCUACGGGAUCGUCACGCCACACAUCCGCACGACGUGCUGCCGCUCGCCGCCGCUUGCAAGGCUCAAAAGACGGAGCUCUCGCAAAAUUUGCAGCAGCUGUCGGAAAGGGCUCGCUCGACGACCGAAUUCAUUCAGAGGCUGAAAGGAAUGACGGACAAAGUGCACGAGGAGUGCGUGGCGUUGGAGGAAGAAGUGGAAGAUAGAGUGGCGAAUCUGGUGAGUUUCCUGCAGGCGAGAAAGACUCGGUUGAUCGAGGCGGCUCGACAGACCAGAGAGGCGAGGGUGCGCUCUUUGAGGGACCAAGUGGCUAGGUGCGCGUCCCACCUACAGGCGACCACGGCACUCCUCACCUUCUGCAUCGAGGCCCUGAAGGAGACGGACAGCGCGGCCUUCCUUCAAAUUGGCGGCAUGCUCUCGGUGAGGGCCGCGACCGCCGCCGGCUCGUGGGGCGGUGCCGAGGGAGUGCAAGAGAUCGCCAGACUGCCGCUGCUCGAUCUCACCCUCGACGACAAGCCGUUGCGACGAGCUAUCGAUCAACUCACCUUUGUUCAAUUGAAACGUAAGCAGCUCUUUAUUCUCUCCCUUCCUCUCUCUCUCUCGCUCUCUGUGCGAUUCGUCGAAGAUGCGACGUCGAAUCUAAACGAUUGUCCCGUAUUGGACGCAGCCUCCGAAGGAGAAGACCGAUACCCGAUUGCAGCGCCUGGUGCCCCGAUAUUAAUACCGGAAGAGUGUAGCGCGGAGAACAACAGCGUGACCGUAGCUUGGCAGCCUCCGCCUGGCCACGGAGUCGUCGGUUGCGCCGGUCAAAGGGGUCCCGCGAUCGAAGGCUACCUCUUGGAACUGGACGACGGAUGCGGCGGAGAAUUCAGGGAAGUGUACUGCGGUAGAGAAACGAUCUGCACCGUGGACGGAUUGCACUUCAACUCUCUGUACAAUGCCAGGGUGAGGGCAUUUAACAGCGCCGGGGAAGGCGAGUAUUCCGAGUUGAUCGGUCUCCAGACUGCCGAGGUCGCGUGGUUCUCGUGGGCGACCGGGGCUUCCGGUAUACCGCAGGAGGUGUCAAUUUCCGAGGACGCUAUGAGCGCGUCCUGCGAGGGCUACGAACACCGAGUCGUCCUCUCGAGCGUCGGAUUUUCACGGGGCGUCCACUACUGGGAGUUGACGAUCGAUCGUUAUCACAGCGACACCGACCCAGCGUUCGGUAUAGCCAGGGCGGAGGUGUCGCGGGAUCGAAUGCUCGGCAAAGACGACAAAGGUUGGAGCAUGUACAUAGACCGGCAGCGUUCUUGGUUCAUGCACGGCGGAGGACACGCGCAGAGGACCGAGGGUGGCGUGCAACAGGGUUCGACGGUGGGCGUCCUCUUGGAUCUGGACACCACUCACACGCUUCGCUUCUUCGUGAACGAUCAGCCGCAGGGAGGGAUCGCGUUCCGGGACCUCUACGGCGUCUUUUAUCCGGCCGUCAGCCUGAAUCGAGGGGUGACGGUUACUCUGCACACGGCCUUGGACGUGCCUCGUCAUCUGCUGGCGCUGCACGAAGAGUACAUGACCGACACGAUUCAGAGCUAGGGGUACCUGACCGUCCUGAAGAAGGGCCUGUUGCAGGAAGUCGGCUCGCUCGGUUCCCCCUCCUCCACCGGG